UUUAAAAGAUUGGUGGGUGUUUUAACAUUGCGUGUUAUUCAAGCAUUUUAAAUCGAUAUUUCAACAUCAGUGGUUCAUACAAUGAAAUGCUACACUUGAAUUAUUAUUAUUUAAAGUGCGCAGAUGUUUUCAGUUUUCUUUGUUUAUUACAUAAAGCGCGCAUAUUUCAUUUUAAUAUCGCGUUGUUACUUUCAGUAAUUGGGUAGGAUAUAUACAGACAUCGGUAGAAGAUCACUGGUUCACCUGUAGAUAAGGUAGAUUUAAGCAUUCGAUAACCUUAUUUUUGAGCAGUAAAUACUUACCUUUCAAGAAGAUAUUAUAAACAAUAGUCGGGUGUGUUUAUUAAUAGAGGAGCGUUAAGCGGUAAGAAAAUCGUUUAAGAACUUUUGAAGGAUAUUUAAUAUUCAGUUAGAUACUGGCAAAUAUUAACGAAUCAUUAUUUUGAAAACAAUUCAUGACUAUUCAAUACGUAUUAUUAUGAUGUGUUUGAAUUGCGGAUAAAAUUCCGUAAAAACGUUAACGUUUUACACUUAAUUUGUUUUCAAAGUUUGAAACUACAGAAAUAUCGUGUUAUCGUAUAAUAUUAUAAAACGGUAAUGGAUUAUUAUUUAUGGAAUAUGGAAGCAAAGAAAAAUGUCGUCUGCUGUUUUUUGUUAUCGAUUGGCAUCUCUAUGAUAACAAGUGCAAAAGUGAAAGUAGCGGUAUAUGAACAUGUUGUCAUAUCACCUGACGACCCUGAAGCAUUAUUCACGAGACAGGAAGCUUUCCAGUGGAUGUCGAAAAAUUUAAAUGUCUUUGUUGAGCAAGCCCGAAAAGCAUCUGAACAGGGGGCAAAGAUUAUUGUUUUUCCGGAGUAUGGUAUAACAGGGUUUGAUCAUUCACGUAAUUCGAUUGUUCCUUUCUUAGAAGACAUUCCGGAUUCUAGCACAGACUGGAAUCCGUGCAUGGAGCCAGAUCGUUUCGCUGAUACACUUGUAUUAAGAAAUCUUAGUUGUACAGCUCAAAUGUACAAAAUCUAUAUAGUAGCCAACAUGGGUGACAUGAAAACAUGUGACAAAAUGACUGAUGAAACAUGUCCGCACGACGGCCGAUAUCAGUUCAAUACAAAUGUUAUUUUUGAUAAUAAUGGGCAACUGGUUGCUAGAUACCACAAACUUCACAUGUACGACGAGACACCACUGUUUGAUCCCGCCCCCAAUGCUGAACAUGUUUAUUUUGAUACACCUUUUGGAAGGUUUGGAACAAUUGUGUGUUUUGACAUCAUGCAAAAUGAACCUACACAAGUGUUGUUGAAUAAGUACAGUAUUACAAAUUUACUUGUAACAUCUGCAUGGAACGUAUUCUUGCCAUUUAUAAUACCGCAACAAAUGUAUUCAGGACUGGCAAAGAAGAGCGGUAUCAACGUGAUUGCAUCAAACAUCAGAAACUCUUUAUAUCAAAUGGCAGGAUCGGGUAUAUUCGGAAAUGAUAUCCAAAGUUUAUCUGAUGUUAACUCUAAUGGUGCGGAAGGCAUUUUACUAGUGUCUGAAAUAGAAACCGAAGAAGCAAAAAUAUAUGCUCCAAACACAAUAAUGUCAAUAAACAGUUCUGGUAAGGUUAAGCAAUUCAUUAACAAAACAUAUGAAGGGACUUAUCGUUUUGGUUUAAAUAUGUCUUACGCCAUCAUGGAAGGUCAAUCUGGAAUUGUAACGUCGUGCAAAGAUGACGUUUGCUGUGUUGUGACGUAUCAAUUCAAAUCACGCGACGAAAACGAGACAAUCAUUCUUAGCGUUGUAGAUGAACUGCUGUAUAAGCCUGGGAUAAUACACAUGCAGUAUUGUGCCGUGUUUAAAUGUUCACCACAUACUAUUUAUUCUUGUGAUUACGACGACAUUUUCGUAAUAAACUCUAUUUUUGCUGACAUUAAAAUACAAGGAUAUUUUGACAACGGUGUAACUUUUCCGCUUGUGACUACUAUUGACAAUAACGAACUGACUAUGGAUAUGGACAAGUACACUUUCGACGAUAAAAAUGCAAUACUGCAUAGUAAUCAAUUUGAAAAUCCUCUUUUAGCCGCAGUUGUAUAUAACACACUUCACUUAGACGUCAUUAAAACAGGCGCAUCUAGCAAUAACACGCUUCACUUAGACGUCAUUAAAACAGGCGCAUCUAGCAAUGUGGCUCAGGGGACUACAUUAUCGUUGUCCACUUUUCUAUUGAUAUAUAUCUAUAAAGCAUCUUAGAUCCAGUUUUAUUUUUGACAUUUGCAAGUUUUCGAACAUUUAAAUUACACUGAAAUAGUAUUUUUGUCAUCCUUGUGUUAUCAGGAACUGCUUGAAACUUUGAUUUGUAAUACGAUUCAAAACAUUUAACGUGCGUGUGUUUUAAAUAAUUCUGAAUUAUUUUCAAAACUAACCUUCUGUGUAAAUUAGAUAUGUAUUGUACAUUUUCAGAAUGAAAUAACUUUACUUA